AUGCUACCUGGACUGUAUGACAUUGAAACAGAAAUGUGCACGCCGGAAAUUGAGGAUGUCAAAGAUUACAUUCCACCCGAGAUUCAGACCAAUAUUCUUGAAAAAAGACCUGUUUCUAUGUUUAUAACAGUGUACCUUAUGGAUCUGGAGCCAAGGAAUGAAUCAUACCUCUCGGCGUUCGGACGAGCUAUUCUACAGAGGAGGUGUGGAUUUGAUAUUGAGUGUAUUCUUACAAUAUUCCUUUGGUGA